UAACAGUGAAGGCAACUCUGACCAAUCAGCGGGCUCUAUUUUGUGGAGACAUAAUUUUAAACCAGAGCGGCGGUUAGCUGCUUUUAUCAUCUAUUAAUAUCCAUAACGUGUUUAUAUCUGCAACAUGGACGUGUUGUCAGAGAAAGAACUGACUAAGAACAUCUUUAACUACAAAAGCUCACUAGAACGAAUCAUAGACAAGUAUUCAAAGCUUCAGUACCUGGAUGGAGGAGUGGAGGUGGACCUCGACUGCACCAAAACACAAACACUUGAACGUUACAUGAAGCAGUCGAAAGCAGAGCUGAGCAAGCUGGAAUCAAAGAGCGUGACAGAUUUGAGAGAGGAGUCGAUAAGAGCCCAGGACAUUACAAGCGACACUCAGUUGGAUUUCACGUAUCAAGAUAGCGGAGCUGAUGAGACUUGUGUUUCCACUGCCCAACUGUAUGUGGAGGAUGAUGGUGAUGUUUCUUCUCCCCUUUUGUAUCCUACAGGGACGGUUUCAAAUGACAUGACCCUGACUGUGAGCUCACUGGACGAGAGUCAGAGGAACAUUUCUGAGAUGGAGGUCCAGCCUGAAGACCAAGACGAGGAGCUGGAAAUGAGUCUGAGGAGUCACGGCAGCAGCUCUCUGGUGGAGCUCUACCCCAGCAUGAUCAGUCGAAUAGGGAGGGCCUGGCAUCGGCAGCAUGUCUCUGAGGCCGCCGACUCAGUGCUGAGGAGGUACCGCAGGUGGCGACAGCAGUCAAACAGGAGCAACCUCAGCAACACCUUCGAUGUCACGCUGAGACAUGCCAGGAGAAACCCACAAAACAUGACCAGUCAGACGCUGCUCGAGGAAAACGCCAGCAGCCCCGUGAAAAGGCAGCUCAUGGGGACUGAAACCAGCCCUCGGUCUCCUUUGAGGACAGUAACCAAUACGCAGGAUUGGCGAGAACAGCAGCAGUCUCCUGGGAGGGUGAGACGGGAGCAGCCCGUCCUCGUGAUGGACUUAUCUGAUCCGUCUGAGCCAAAAGAGAGCUAUCUGAACGAGACCUUCACUGUGUGUGAAGUAUCCCGGCUGGAAGAACAGCCCUCCACUUACACAUUCAGUCCUUCACGAUCCACCACAAAGGUAUCCUUGGACCAGUCUCUCAGGUCUAGAAGGCUCUCCCUCACUGUACACUCACUGCAGACUGACGGCUGCUCCACGUACGCAUCGGAGACCGUUAGAGAGAGACCAGACAUCUACGGCUCCCCAGUCAGGCCCGUACAAGCGAGGAUGAUGUCGUCCAACCUCAGUAGGUCACCUAUUGGCUUUUCCAGAAGCCCCAAAGCACAUUCAGUGGAGAGCUUUUCCAGAGAGCCUACAAGGUCCAGAUUAAUGUCCACCUCUCCACAGAAGGCACUGAGGAUGCUUCACCCUCAAGACUCCCAUCACUCCCUACGUUCACCUCAGUCAGCCACGGCAGCGGAAGGUCGCCACAGGCUCCGGCGCCACCUUUCCUUCGACUCCUCCCUGCCGUUCGUCUCUUACUCCCCAAAGAAGCUUGACGAGGACUUUCUAAGGCUCUACCACAAGUCUGUGUGUCAGAACAAAUCCUCUUUCUUCAACAGGCUUCCCUGCCGUCUCUGUGCUAGAAGCACCGAGGCCAGCAGAAGCGCCGAGGCCAGCAGAAGCCCCUCUUCUUCAGCUCUGGCAGCCCUCGCCCUGUCGCCCCACCGCUCCCUCCUCAGGAAACGCCACAGGGAGUUAGAGUGGGACAGCCGACCCCAGUCCAAACGCUACAGGGACGGGUACUGUCUGUCCUCCCCAGGGUCCAUACGCCACGGGAAAGAGAUGCUGAGGCACCGUUUCUCUCCGUCUAAAUACGAGCAGUCUCAUGAUGGCCUCUCCUAUAGCCUCGCUAAACCUGCCAUGUUUCAAAGAUUCAACACCCAGCGGCGCUCAGCAGACGAACAUCUGGAAGCCUGGAUGAGUCCGCGCCGCCGUGUGUCUGCAGCUGAUUUCUCUGGCACGGGAAGUUCCCUUGAGAGCAGGAUGACCAACGGCUUCUCCCCGAGAAAAUGGUGAACAGGGAUGACACCGGCCGGCUCACAGAAGGAUAACUACAACAAAUGUCAGUGUGAAAAGUAUUGUGUGAAGUUUCUGAUAGAAAUACUGGUGAAAAUCAGAUAACGUGACUGUAACUGUUGAAUGCUAAUCUUUUUAAUCUUUGUGCUAUGGUAAAUAAAGCCUCAUGAUUUUUUCUUUAUCUGUUCAUUAUUAAAAAUAAAAUGUCAAAAUGCAGCUUCUGAAAAAAGAAA